UUAUGGCAAAUGAUGAUGAUGAUCAUCCUAUUUACAACAACAUCAUUGUCCUACUUAUUGUUGUGGGUUCAGCUGCAUUUGUUGUUUGCUCAAUUUACCGUGUUAUCGCCAUUUGGUUUUGUAACCAACAAAGCACCACCACAGAUCAAAACCUCCCACAACCACCACCGCGGUUUGCCAACCUCGGCGAAAGCACAUCCUCAUCAGUAGUACACCUAAUUCCAACACACAAGUACCGCAAGAGAAAUAAACCCGACGUUGUUGCAGAUGAUGACGGUGACACAUGUGCCGUGUGUUUGGGAGAUUUUGAGGAGGGUGAGGAGUUGAAAACUAUGCCUGAGUGCUUGCACUCCUUUCAUGUACCGUGUAUUGACAAGUGGCUCAAUUCGCAUUCUAGCUGCCCCAUUUGUCGUGCCAGUGCCAGUGCCGCCCCUUCCCCGGCAGUGAAUGAACAACAGCACAGGAUAGAUAUGAGCCAUAAUCUGGUUCCAGUUGCUAUCAUGCAAAGGGGAUUAUGGUGAGAUGGUGAGGUUUUGGUUCUGCUGAUUUUGAGGAGUACACACACAACUAAUUUAGCAAUACCAAAAUAUGAUUAUUGCAAUUCAAUUUUUGUCUAUACUAUAGU